AUGGAGCCGCUGGAAGACGCCGCUCUCUGCUUCCCACAGUUUAACACUUCUUGCAGGAAGUGGUCUCGUCCUCAGACGGAGGCCUUGCUCAUCUUCAGUCUGCAGUCGGCCGUCGCUCUCCUCACAGGGGUCCUCAACCUGCUGGUCAUCGUCUCCGUCUCCCACUUCAGGCAGCUCCACACCUCCACCAACCUGCUGGUCCUGUCUCUGGCCGUGGCAGACUUCCUCGUGGGUUCGCUGCAGAUGCCGAUAGAGAUCAUCCUCAGCCAGGGCUGCUGGCUCCUCAGCGACUUCCUGUGUUUGUUAAAUGCCUUCCUAAGUUACUUCCUAGUCAGUGUCUCUGUGGGGAACCUGGUUCUGAUAUCCGUGGACCGCUACGUGGCCAUUUGUGAGCCCAUGUUCUACUCCACCAAAGUGACUGUGGGCCGAGUCCAGCUCUGCGUGUGUCUGUGCUGGCUGUUUUCUGCCGUUCACAGCAGCUGGAUACUCAGAGACUUCAUUCAGCAACAGCACAGUUAUGAUUUCUGCUACGGAGAGCAGAUCGUCACCAUCACGUACGCUCAGGUGGCCGUGGACUUCAUGGUGACCUUUCUGGGCCCCUUUGUGGUCAUCUCGUGUCUGUACGUCAGGGUGUUUGUGGUGGCCGUGUCUCAGGCUCGCGCCGUGCGCUCUCAUCUUGCAGCUCUGCGCCGUUCAGAGGCCGUGAAGCCUAAGAAGUCGGAGCUGAAGGCGGCCCGGACGCUCGGCGUCGUGGUGCUCGUCUUCCUCUUGUGCUCAGCUCCAUAUUACUUCUCGUCUGUUUCCGCUGAAAAGAGUUCGACAGAGGCCACGUCCACUGUCAUUUGGCUGUUGUAUAGUAACUCCUGUCUGAAUCCUGUGAUAUACACAUUUUUUUACUCCUGGUUCAGAAAAGCCAUUAAACACAUUUUUACUCUUCAGAUUCUGCAGUCAGAGUCUCGUGAGGCCAAGUUACUGUAGAGCAACACUGUCAGGGAGGGAGUGAAACAGAUGAAGGUGGAAGAAGAAACAGAUGUUUAAUGUUACAUGUUGUUUGAGCUGUUGAUGUCCAGAAAAUUUAUACAAAACAACACAAAUGUCAGAUCUUCAGCUAUGUAACCAUCUGCGAUUAGAACAGACUUUAAUCAUACUCUCUAUUAAUUAUCUUAAUAAUAUUGAUCCAUUACAAAUCAUAGACUGAUGAUUUUGUCAACAUAAAUCUGCUGCUACAGUAAAUCUAUUUGUAUGUGUAAAUCCUCUGUCUUCAUGCAUCUUCUAAGUUCUAAUUUUACAAGCAGCUGAAUUCUGCAGCAGAAUCUGUUAUGAUAUGAGAAUUACAUAAAGUCUAGUUCUAUGUUAUCUAAUGUCUAAUUAGGGCAUUUGGCCGCUACUGGUCUCAAACAGUAACUUACAGACAGGUGUACGUUUAAGUUGCUGUGUGUUCUUUCCCCACUGGAGGGCGCCCCAGCCUUUCCUACGUUUUCUGUCCUAUGGGAGCUGAGUGCAUGUCUCACUAUUACUUUAAACCUUAAGUCUUUUUCUUUUCAAAACAUAAUGAUUUUAUCAAUAUUCACUUUGUUCUAUACUGUAUAGAUGACACAGCUGUAUAGGAAUGAAUGCACAGUGAUCUAUAUAGUGUAAAUCCCUGCAUUAUAUCCCAUAAAUCACGCUGCUCACUU